AUGACUUACAACAUCCUCAUCUCUGGAACGACCAAGGGGCUCGGUCGCGCUCUUGUGGAAAAGUAUCUUGGUCGUCCGAAUACCCUCGUCGUAGCUACCGUCCGCGACCCUUCCACCUCCGAGGCAACGUCACUCCAAAACCUUCCCAAAGCCGAGGGAAGCGACCUCAUCGUUGUCAAGAUAGAAGCACGCUCCGAUACCGACGCCCUCGAAGCAGUCAACACCAUCUCCAGCAAACUCGCACACCUUGAUCUCGUCAUCGCAAAUUCAGGCUUCUACACUGUUCCUGCAGCACCUCAGAUCGCAAAGAUUGCUCCUUCAGAUCUUCUGGAUCAUGUCAAUGUCAACACUGCAGGCACCAUUCGUCUAUUCCAGGCCACUCUACCACUCUUGCAGAAAGCGAAGGAGCCUAUCUUCGCAUACAUCUCCUCAAUGGCUGGCAGUAUCGCCUUGACCGGAGACUUACCAUUCCCCACCGGCAUCUACGGAGCUUCCAAAGCAGCAAUGAAUUUCUUGGUCCGCAGGAUUCAUCAGGAACAUCCCGAACUGAUCAGUGUAGCAUUGCAUCCUGGAGCUGUCAUGACACCAGGAGGUACUGUGGUCUCGAAGGAUUUGGGUAUGGAUAACCCUGAUUUCGCCGGCUUCUACACCACGCUAGAGAAGAGUAUUGAUGGCAUGGUUGGAAAGCUCGACAACGCAAGCCGUGAGGAAACAUCAGGCAAAUUCUUGUCUUUUGAUGACGAGCGCUUGGAGUGGUGA